AUGUGGGGCUGCUGUGGGGCACAGGUGUGGAGUGAUGUGGGGCAGGGACAGAACCUGUGGCCCCGCCCCCCCGAGCCAGGGCUGAGGGAGGGGCCGGGCGGAGCCAAGGUUGAGGAUGACGACGAUUCAUCCUUUGGGGUCCUGCUGGGGCUGAGCCUGCCCACUACCUCCGGGGUGCUGUGGGGCUGCAGCCGCUGCGGGGAGCUCCGAGACAUCGCCCGCUCCGUCCCAGCCGGGAGCCUGGGGGCUGCCCUGGCCACCGCCCUGGGCUACCUGAGCGCGGCCCUGCUGCUGGGGGCCUCUGUCGAGGGGCAGCUGCUGCGUGACAAGUUCGGCGGGUCUCUGCGGGGGACGCCGGUGGCAGGGGCGGCCUCCUGGCCCUCGCCCUGGGUGCCGCUGGCCGGGGCGCUGCUCUCGGCGGGGGGCGCCGGGCUGCAGGCGCUGCUGGGGGGCAGCCGGCUGCUGCGGGGGCUGGCGCGCACCCGCGCCCUGCCCCUACCCCACGUGAGUGCC